UAUGUUUUAGAUUCCCAAAGCACGGUCCCACCAAAAGACAACUGCAACCAAAACAAUACAAUUUGUUGUGAAAUUUAGUGUAAAAGCAAUAGAAUAAAACGGCUUAACCAUGGGACGCGCCGAGGUCGGUACGCCCAAGUACCUCGCCAACAAGAUGAAGUCGAAGGGCCUGCAGAAGCUGCGCUGGUACUGCCAGAUGUGCGAAAAGCAGUGUCGCGACGAAAACGGCUUCAAGUGCCACACGAUGAGCGAGUCCCACCAGCGGCAACUGCUCCUCUUUGCUGACUCUCCGGGGAAGUUCCUCCACAGCUUUAGCAAGGAGUUCUCCGAUGGCUACAUGGAGCUGCUGCGCCGACGGUUCGGCACCAAGCGGACCAACGCCAACAAGAUCUACCAGGAGUACAUUGCCCACAAGGAGCACAUUCACAUGAACGCCACGCGGUGGCUAACGCUGUCCGACUACGUCAAGUGGCUGGGACGGACGGGCCAGGUGGUGGCCGACGAGACGGAGAAGGGGUGGUUCGUCACCUACAUCGAUCGCAGUCCGGAGGCGAUGGAGCGCCAGGCCAAGGCCGAUGGCAAGGAGAAGAUGGAAAAAGACGACGAGGAGCGCAUGGCUGAUUUCAUCGAGAGGCAAAUCAAAAAGGCCAAAGCCAAGGAGGGCGAGGAUGAGGACGAAAAGGAGAAGUUCACGGAAUUCAAACGCGAGGAGAACGAACCUUUGAAGCUGGACAUCCGGCUGGAGAAGAAGUUCCAGCCGGACACUGUGCUGGGCAAAUCCGCUCUCACCGCCAAACGAACCGCCUCUGAGGUGGAUGAAAAGGUCUUCAAGAAACCCAAAUCGAUAGCGGGAGACAGUCAAACGCGUUCGGCGCUGGACGACAUCAUUAAGCAGGAGGAGGCGAAAAAGGAGCGGGCCAACCGCAAGGACUACUGGCUGCACAAGAAUAUCGUAGUGAAGUUCAUCUCCAAGUCCAUGGGCGACAAGUUCUUUAAGCAGAAAGCCGUUGUCCAGGAGGUGAUUGACAAAUAUCAGGCCAAAGUCAAGUUCUUGGACACCGGGGAGAAGGUGAAAGUAGAUCAGGCACACUUGGAGACAGUAAUUCCAGCGCUAGACAAACCUGUAAUGGUUGUCAAUGGCGCCUAUCGCGGAUCCGAGGCUCUGCUUAGGAAACUGAAUGAGCGGAAGUUCUCAGUAAGUGUUGAGAUAUUGCACGGUCCUCUGAAAGGACGAAUUGUGGACAAUGUUCAGUACGAAGAUAUAUCUAAGUUGGCAGGCGUUUAGUGUUAAAAAAAAGAGGUUUAAUUCACAUAUACUAAGUGCCGCAGGGGUCUUUCCUCUGAUCACAGCCACUUUCUUAGCUUUAAGGUUAAUAAACUGUUCUAUGAAUAUGUAAAUAAUGUUGUAAGCACAUGUAGGCUGCAGGAAAUGAACGUUUUUAAAGAGUAUUCGCUCUUUUGAGCGUGCUCUCCUAACCUAAACUAAUUAAAAAACCAUUUAACCUUUCCACCCAAAGUCAGGAAGCAAACUAAACUUAAAGCUGGCCGUUCGUUGAUUCAACUUGGCCCGCAUUUUUGCAUUUAGGCUGAUUAAACACGACACUUUUAAUGAUCAA